CUGUUCUCAACUCCACUUUAUCUGCUCUAUCUUCGUCCACUGAGCAGACUCUUUCCCAAUUUGAAGGUUUGGAUAGAGAAAGUAAAAUGCAAGUGAUAGUAGUAUCAUCAUGUAACAAAACAACACCUCCUCCUCUUCAUCCCCAUCCCAUUCUCAAAAACUCAGUCAUUUUGGGGCGUAGAGAGCUCUGCUUCGAUAGCAUUUCCUCAGCCUGCUCUACUGAGGACCCCUCUUCUUCUCCUCCAUCUACCGCACCUUUCACUCCCAGGGGUGAUGGAGAUAAUGACAAUUCUUUGAGUGAGCAACUGCAGAAAAACUUCCCUUUGGCCACACGGAGGAUGUUGUUAACAAGCUUUUGCAUGUAUUCAUGUUAUCAUCCUUCAAGGUACUUGUCAGCACUUGCUUUGGGGGAUCCAUCUGUCACAGUUGAACAAGUUACACCUUCUACUUUUCCUUCUACAGGACUUUUCCCUUCCGAGGAAAGAGUUGUUGAGCUCUUUGAGAAGAAUACUUACGGUGUUGUCAACAUAUUUGAUGUAACCUUGAGACCUUCGCUUAAUGUUACUGGUAUGGUCGAGAUUCCUGAAGGAAAUGGUUCGGGGGUGAUUUGGGACAACGAAGGUCACAUUGUUACUAAUUACCAUGUGAUUGGUAACUCCCUUUCUAGAAACCCAAGCCGUGGGCAAGUAGUUGCACGUGUUAAUAUUCUCGCUGCAGAUGGGGUGCAAAAGAAUUUUGAGGGUAUAUUGAUUGGUGCAGACCGUUCCAAGGAUCUUGCUGUGUUGAAGGUGGAAGCUUCUGAAGACCUGUUGAGGCCAAUUAGGGUUGGGGAAUCUUCUUCUUUGAAAGUUGGCCAGCAAUGUUUAGCCAUUGGAAAUCCUUUUGGGUUUGAUCAUACACUCACUGUUGGGGUUAUCAGUGGACUGAAUCGAGAUAUAAAUAGUCAAACUGGAGUGACAAUUGGUGGAGGAAUUCAAACAGACGCCGCAAUCAACCCUGGAAACAGGUUUAUUUUUCUGAACUUGCAUUUUCCUGGGUAUCAAAUGCAUUGCCUCUGUGGAGGUCCUUUGUUAGAUUCAAAAGGAAACUUGAUUGGGAUUAACACUGCAAUAUUCACUCAGACAGGGACAUCAGCAGGUGUUGGAUUUGCAAUCCCUUCUUCAACUGUGUUGAGAAUUGUGCCCCAGUUGAUCCAAUCUGGAAAAGCUGUUCGUGCUGGUUUGAAUAUUGAAAUUGCUCCUGACUUGAUUGCCAACCAACUUAAUGUUCGGAAUGGAGCUCUGGUUUUGCUGGUACCUGGAAAUAGUCUUGCAGCCAAAGUUGGACUUCUUCCUACUACCAGGGGUUUUGCAGGAAAUAUAGUACUUGGUGAUAUUAUUGAAGCAGUGGAUGACAAACCUGUUAGGAGUAAAGCAGAAUUGUAUAAAGCCCUGGAUAACUAUAACACAGGUGAUGAAGUUCGGUUAAAAAUCCGUAGGGGUAACGAAAACUUGGAGUUGAGCAUUGCAUUAGAGGAAAAGGAUUCAUGAUAAUUGGAGCUUUAUCAUCUCCAGCUUAAUUAGCACCAUCAGUUUUCAUGUUGUUAUUCCAAUAUCUGUAUGCUAUCAUUAAGAAUUUUGUAUAGUGGAAAUGUCUGGAGCAUGUUCCAUUGUGAUGCUACCAGCAGAAUUUAUCCCUUGUAAAGUAUUUUUAAGUUACCA